AUGAAAUAUCUUGGAGUUAUCAUUGAUACUCAUUGGCGCUUUUCGGAACACUUUAACAAUGCGGCGGUCAGGGCGGAGAGAUUUCUUAGUGCCCUUAAUGCUUUGAUGCCUAAUUUUCGUGGCCCCUCGAGUGCGAAGCGUAUGCUGUAUGCGAGCGUCAUACAUUCUGUUUUGCUCUAUGCGGCCCCUGUGUGGGCGAAAAAUCAGAUUUUUACCAAUCGUAACAUACGUUUGGUGCUUCGGGUGCAGCGUCGGGUGGCAAUUAUCUCGGCGUACUGUACUGUCUCGUACAUUGCGGCUACAUUGCUCGCUAGGAUCCCUCCGUUUCGAUUCAUUGCAGAGAACAGACUGUAUGUUUUCAAUACUAUCCGGCAGAUUGAGCGGAGAAACAAUUGUAAAAUCUCGAAUGGAGCUCGCGCGGCCAUAAAGGAUAAAGGCAACGAGAUAAUGCUCAAUAUGUGGAAGGCACACAUCGAGGGGUUGGGCCCUGGUGACCCGGCUCAACGUGUUAGGGCCAUGAUAUUUCCCCAUUUUACCGAAUGGAUGACGCGAGGUUUCGGGAACCUCACGUACAGGAUGACCCAGCUCCUUACUGGCCACGGGUGCUUUAGCGUUUACCUCAAACGGAUUGGGAGGUAUUACUCCGAUGGAUGCAAACACUGCGAGCGUGAUAGGGAUGAUGCGUCCCAUACCUUAUCGGAUUGCGACGCCUGGUCUUUCUGGCGGGACGACCUGGCGCUGAUAGUGGGGAACACUCUUAGGAAUGAUACGCUGGUCCCCAUUUUGCUUUCUGGCGAGGAGAAUUGGGGAGUAGUUUCCUCCUUCUCAGAAGAGAUUAUGUGUAUUAAGGAGGAUGCGGAGAGGAGGAAACAGCUGGCGGUGGAGGAUCCGACUGGAUAG